GGACGCAUUGACUCCGAGUCCACCAUGUCUCACGUACUGUAUUCAAUUAUUCAUUGAUUGAUUGAUUGGGGCACAAACAUUCAGCACCUCCUCGGCUUGCUCAGCUCCGAGCCUCCGACACCCUCGCCUCGGGAAAAUUCACCGGAUCUCGAGAUCCCGGCGACGGGGCAGACGUCUCUUGCUCAGUGUAUCGAUUGCUCGGUAGGCGGCGUCGGCGGCCGCGGCGAUUGUGUCCACGUAGCAACUUCGCCAUCAAUCGAACGAACUUCUGCUGGUUUCCCUUGGGCUUAGGAAUUUCCAGCUUUUUGGUUAUUGCCCCUGCCGUUCUCGUGUCCGUGUUGCCAGACGCGUUGGGCGGGCUAGCUGGCAACAUGGCUUCUUUCGGGUAGUAGCAGCAUAGCAGGCACCGGAGGCAGCAUCGAUUAUCAAUUUCGGCGAUCGAAUUCUGCUCGUUUUUCUCGGGCACAGCGAGCUCCAAGAUCUUGCGGCGGUACGUGCCACGAGCACACACAUCGCCGCUCCUGAGGAUGGCGUCCGCCUUGAUCGGUGCAGCGUUGUCAGUGGUGCUCAAGGCGCUGUCCCCCGUCAUGGACCCCGUGCUGGAGGCGUGGGCGGCCAGCAAGGAUCUGGGCCCCAACGUCAGGGCCCUCAAGGUGGAGCUGCUGUGCGUGAAUGCCGUGCUUGAGGAAAAGCUCGGCAUGGAGAUACACAACUGGGCGCUGGAUGAGCUGCUGCGGAACCUGCACGACCUCGCGUACGACGCCGAGGACGUGCUGGAUGAACUGGAUUACUUCCGCAUCCAGGAUGAACUUGAUGGCACCUUGGACGCCGUCGACAAGCACCCAAAAGGCUGCGCCCACAACCUCGUCUUCACCACUACCCACACUGCCAAGGCUGUUGGCAAACUGAUCUGGCCGCCCGCAUGCUGCUCGACUGCCGCCGCCACUCCUGGUGCCAGCUGGCGUAGGCGUAGGGCGGCACACGGCUCGCUCUCCUCGCCGGCACACAAUAAUCAACUGGCUGAUGAAGGGCAGGUCAACGGAUGCAUGAGUAAGCUCGCUUCAGGCCCAAGCAACACCAUCCGUGCUGUCGGUAAAUGCCUCCCUUGCUCGUCUCUGCCACCGGUUCAUAGUGAUGAUGAUGAGAAUAGUGAUGGUGGCUCCAACGAGCAUGCUAAAGAAAUAACAAAGUUGGAGUUUAAUAGGGUGGAAGUAUCUAAGAGAAUUGAGGAUAUUUUAGAAAAGCUACAACAUAUGCGUCAAAGUAUCUGCCAGGUUCUUGGAACAUUACGUCCUAACCAGAACACUGUCCAGCUGGACCGUACCCAAAGUCGUCUUGCCACAACCUCUAAAAGUAUAGAGCCAAAACUGUAUGGACGGGAUCCAGUCAUUAAGAGCAUCAUACAUGAUAUCACCCAGGGUAAAUAUAGUGGUGAGGACCUCACUGUCCUUCCAAUUGUUGGCCCAGGGGGUAUGGGAAAAACAGCUCUCGCACAGCAUAUUUAUCACAGCCAAGAAUUGCUAGGACAUUUUGACGUCAAGGUUUGGAUAUGUGUCUCUCUCAAAUUCAAUGUGGACAAGCUAAUAGAAGGGAUCGAAAAACAGAUCCCUAAAGUUGACAAGGAAAACGGAGGCACUGCGGCAGAGCUGAUUGAGCAAAGAUUAAAAACUAAAAGGUUUUUGCUUGUGCUAGAUGAUAUGUGGGAAUGUAGCAAUACGGAUGAAUGGAAAAGGCUAUUGCUCCCGCUCAAAAGUUCCCAAAAAAAGGGUAACACAAUCCUAGUCACCACUCGACUUCCAUCAGUUGCAGGAACAGUUAAAAAAACUAACUACUCAAUAGAACUGGGAGGCUUAGCCUAUGAAGACUUUAAGGAGCUAUUCCUAGCAUUUGUCUUUGAUGAUGAGCAAUCUAGAAUGGACCACCCUGAGCUAGUUGAAACUGGAGAUAAGAUAAUGGAGAAACUAAAGGGUUCACCUCUUGCAGCAAAAACUGUAUGCACAUUAUUGAGGAAACAUCUUGAUUUUAAUCAUUGGAACAGAGUUCUGGAAAGUCAAGAAUGGAAGGAACAAAAGGACAAGAAUGACAUUAUGCCUGCACUAAAGCUUAGCUAUGACUAUCUACCUUUUUAUCUGCAGCCGUGUUUUUCCUGCUGUGCUUUGUUUCCCCAAGACUACAGAUUUGGAAGAGAAGAGCUGAUUCACCUGUGGAUAGGACUGGAUGUUUUGCAUUUAUGUGGUGAAAAUAAUAAAAGGAUUGAAGAUAUAGGACUGAGCCAUUUGGAAGAACUAGUUGAUCAUGGAUUUCUAAAAAAUGAAGAAAAAUAUGGAAAGACUUAUUACGUUCUACAUGAUCUGCUGCAUGAAUUAGCACUAAAGGUCUCGUCACGUGAAUGCCUAAGUAUAUACAGCUAUAAUGUGGGCUCCAUACGAGUUCCCCCAUCUGUACGCCACUUGUCUAUCAAUAUAGAUGACACAAGUGUCAAGGACAAGCAAACUUUUGAUUCCUGUACGAGAGAUCUUAAGAAAUUAGACAAAAGAUUGAAGGUUGAGAACCUACACACACUGAUGUUAUUCGGAGAACACCACGGUAGUUUCGUGAAGACUUUUGCCAAUUUGUUCCAGGAAGCAAAAUUCAUUCGUGUUCUUUUUCUAUCUGGAGCAUCCUACAACAUGGAAGAUUUGUUGCCCAACUUUUUGAAGCCCAUUCAUCUUCGCUAUCUUCGGAUUGGGAGUAAUUAUUAUUUUUCUAAAAUUGAAGUGCCCAGCAAUAUUCCGAUACUUUAUCAUCUAAAGGUCCUAGAUCUACAAAGCUGCAACAUUAAAAAUGUUUUGCCAAGAGAUAUAACCAAUCUCAUAAAGUUGCGUCAUUUGCUUGUUCAAAAUUAUGAAAUGCACUCUAGCAUUUUUGAGGUGGGGAAGUUAAAAUGGUUGCAAGAGUUGAGAAGAUUUGUGGUCAAAAAAGAAACGCCAGGUUUUGAAUUGAGGCAGAUAGGAGAUUUGGAAGAGCUUUGCGGGUCUUUGCUCAUUGAUAAUCUUGAAAAGGUUAAGGUAAAGGAAGAAGCGGCUGAAGCAAAGCUGACGCAAAAAAGCCGUUUACAUGAGUUAAAAUUGUGUUGGGAUACCGAUCGAUCUACCAAGGACUCGGCACAAGAUGAUCAGGUUCUUGAAAACCUUAAGCCAAAUAGCAAUCUUCUGAAGCUAUCCAUUAAAGGGCAUGGUGGUACUACUUGCCCUUCAUGGCUUGGUCAGGACCUCUCUAUAAAAAAUUUGGAAUCUCUUCGUCUAGAUGGUGUAGCUUGGAGUUCAUUUCCACCUAUUGGAGAGUUGUGCCUUGUUAAUGGGCCUCAUGAAGAAAUUUCAAAUAAUUUCUGUGACAAAAAGUUUCAAAAAUUGAGAAGACUGGAACUUGUUAAGCUACCAAGGUUGAAAAAAUGGGUUGUACAUGCCCCCUGUCAAUUGUUUGCUCACCUGGAAGUGCUUAUCAUUAAGGAUUGCCCAGAACUCAUGGAGUUACCUUUCUCACAUCAUGCUGGAUAUGAACAAGAGGAUGAGUCUACCAUAACUUGGUUUCCUCAACUAGAAGAGCUUGAAGUUACAGAUUGUCCAAAACUAUCAUCAUUCCCUUGCGUUCCAUGGUCACGCUCUAUGCGGAGAGCUAAGAUGGCACAAGUUGGCUCAGGUAGUGAGACACUGCAUUUUGAUCAAUUUUUUAGUACCGGAUAUAUCUUGGAUAUUACGGGGGCGGAUGCACUAAAUAGUGUCUUUCGGAGGGUGCCAGCCUUUUGUAACCUAUCCAAUCUCGAAGCAUUGCGGGUGACGAGAUGCCCUUCUCUCUCACUGGUUCAUCUCGAAAAGCUACAAUCUCUAAAGUACCUGACAAUAAUAGAUUCAAGUGAUGCCUUUUGUUUCUCUGAAGGUGAUGGUCAAAUCGGGUAUCAAUUUCCAGUUGAAUCCAUCACGAUUGAGCAAUAUGGUGGCAGCUGGCAGCGACUGACACACCUGUUCUCUUACUUUCCAAAGCUCCGCAGCUUGACAAUGUGGAAGUGCGAGCAGUUAACAGGGUUAGGCGUUGCGGACCUGCAUAAGAGGACGGAAGCACUGCCAAGACUGCCGUCAAUUUCAGUUAACGAAGUGGAGGCGGCACAAGUUGGAUCGCUGGAGCAGCACCUGCAGGACGUAAGAGGAGAGGAGGAAAUAGCAGCAGCAGCACCGUCGGAAGGGCUACUACUGUUGCCUCCCCAAUUACAACUACAAGAGAUGCAGAUCUGGGAGUGCCAAAAUUUGGUCCUCUGCCUAGGCUUACUCGACGGCGACAAAGACCCAGGACGAACUGGAGGUGUGGGCCUCCAAGGUCUGCGCUCCCUCCGAUCGUUGCACAUACAGAAUUGCCCCAGGUUCCUCUGCUCCUAUUCGUCUUCGUCCUCUUGUUUCCCCUUCCCAGACUCCCUGGAAGUCCUCUAUCUUUGGGACGCCGUGGGCACGGCGACGCUGCUGCCUCUCUCAAACCUCACCUCUCUCACACAUUUAUACAUUUUGAGAUGUGGGGAUUUAAGAGGCGAGGGACUGCGGCCUCUCCUCACCCAAGGUCGUCUCACCACAUUGGCCGUCCUCGAUACGCCCAAUUUCUUCGCUGGUUCCGAGCCCUCACAGCAGCAUGAACAAGGGCUCCCAUCCUCUUCCUCCAAACUGAAGGAGCUUCGGACGGAUGACGUCGCGGGUCUCCUUGCUGCGCCCAUCUGGGCCUUGCUCUCUUCCUCGCUCACCGAAUUGAAAUUUUGGGGGGACGAUGAGGUGGAGCGCUUCACAAAGGAGCAAGAGGAGGCACUUAAGCUCCUCACCUCCCUCGAGAGGAUCAGAUUUUGGAACUGCGACAAGCUGCAGUGCCUCAACGCAGGGCUGCACAGACUUCCCAACCUCAAGAGAUUAGACAUCUGCCUUUGUGCAGCCAUCUGGUCGCUACCCAAGGAUGGCCUCCCAAGUUCACUGCAAGAGUUGGAGAUCAAAUACUGUCCAGCCAUCCGGUGUCUGCCCAAGGAAUGCCUCCCAAGUUCACUGCUGAAACUAGUGAUCAAAAAAUGCUCAGCCAUCCGGUCGCUGCCAAAGGUGGGCGAGCUUCCAAGUUCACUGCGAGAAUUGGAUGUCAGUGAUGAAAACAGCGAGGAGCUAAGAAGCCAUUGCCGCAAGUUGUUGAUAGGAACCAUCCCAAUAGUCAGAGCCUGACUAACCCAAGGGCUAUUGGUCGAAUUGGUACAUUCUUCUAACCUCUAGAUUCUCACUGUGUCUAUACACGCUUCUCAGUUGGGAAGCAUGAACAUCUCAGGAUGUGUCUAACACCCUCUACAUACAAAUGGUUAGGUACAUAAAAAUGAUCAUCUCCAUUGAAGCAUACUAUCUAAUAUAAUGGAACAACUCUGAGAUCAGACUAUACUAGUGCAAGUAUGCAAGAAAACAUCAAGUCUUUGAGCUGUACAUCCUCCUAAUCCUUGCUGCACUUUUCUGAAAACACACUGUGCACACUAGGGAGUUGAGUGUGUCUUCCUGCUUUAAGAAAUUCCUUUGCCCAAGGUAAGUAUACUGUAUUUGCUAGUUUUUCAUAUUCCAAAAACAAAAUAAUGAUGUUGGAAUUAUUUUUGACAUUCAUAAUUAAUAUUGUUGAGCGCCCAUGUUUGAGGCUUUAGAAACAAUGUAGUAUAGAAUGUUUUUAUUCUGAAAGUAUAAUCUUAAGAGCAUUGACUCAAAUAUGCUGAAGUUUCUUUCAUAAAAAGGUCAAAUAUUCUUCCUGCCGUUUCAAAAAAAAAUCAUUGUUUCAUACUUAUAUAAAUCUAUAGCAAAAAUAACAAGGAUACAUUUGCACUGUGUCUUGGUAGAUUGCUAACUAGAAGUGCAAUUUUCUAGUUCUGAUCAUCCAACUAAAGAUCAGAAAGUCACAUCUGAACAACCAACUAAAGAUCAGAAAGUCACACUGUGCAAAUAUGGUAGCUUGUGAAAGAACUGUAAGUGCUUGAUUGCCCCAUAAGAUAUUAUUUUUGGCAGUUUUGUAGAGCAUAUUCUUUGAACCCCCAAUGUGGCCAUGUGGCAUAUGUAGGCAAAAGUUGUGGUAGUUAAGGCAAUAUUCUUCUUCUGCCACGGCAAAAAUGAGUGUUGUUAGGACAUGCACCUUUGUCUGUUCAAGUACGUAGUCUUGAAAUUUUAAAAUCAAUAAAUCUUCCAUUAUCAAAAAACCGAAGUCUUGAACUACAUAUUGCGUAGUAUUUCCAAGACUGCUGUUGACAGACGUUAAUGUUUUGGCCUCUUGCCAACAGUCCUGUACAUUCAUUAUCUGUAGUAACCUGAAACCACCUCAAAGUUCAGCUUGUGGGACUGGUGUGUGUCUUCUAGAAUUUCAGCCUCGUAUGAAAAAACAAAUCUGGUAUCUCCCUUGAAUAAAUUUAAUUCCUCCCUUUUUGGUAAAUUUCUGUAAAUCUUUUACUAUGAUAAGAUGCUGACAACUUAUAUCUUUUAUUGAUAUUUUUUUGUUGGUUAGGAAGGUACUGAUGGGAUUGUGCAGUAUUUGAUAUUAUCAAAUCAUGUUAGAUCAGUUCAAAUUUUUGAGACACAAUCCAAUUGUUAAUGUUUUCUUGUCAGGCCAUCUCAAAUGAUUAUCAGUCAACUACACUGCUGGAGUGCAGCCAUGAACCGUAUGCUACUCAAUUGCACAAGUGCAUGCUUGUCUAACUGUUGCUAGUGACAACAUUUCCACUUUCAGACCAAGGUUGGCGCAGCAGUGUUGGCACAAAGAUUUGGUGGAUUCAUGAAGAUCUGUGGUGCUUCAGUAAUCAACAUGGAACUACGCCUCUAGCUGAAUCAACUUCAGAUGUUCAAACGGGUUCUAUGAUUGGCAGCUCCAGCAAUUGCCAUCUUCAGCAGCUGUGAACCAAGUGCUCCUUCACAUUGCACUCGUCUAGAUGAACAGUGUAGCUAUAUGUAUUGGAAGCUGCUCACACUUGUAAGCACUCAUCCUUGCUUGCAUAUGAGAAAUUAUGUCUCGAAGUCCUGCCAAGAUUACAAUCAUCUUCAGAAGAUCACUUCUGGACAUCACUUGGCUUGAAGUUGAGCAAGGCUUCUUGCAUCUGUCAGGGCCUUGUCAUUCCAAGGAUGGCAGGGCGAAGCUAAGUUGAUUCGUCAGGGAAACUCGGAGAGGACACUAAUGUAGUUGUAGCCAUCCUCAAAAACUUCGAGCAUGCUGUAGAGCCACGGAAGGGCGUCUAUGGAUCUACUGCCGUUUGAGAUGAAUCUCAUCAUUUGAAUUUUCCUUCAGACCACUAAUGUUAUUAACUGGGAUAUUUGUCAGUAAACUGUGAAGUUCAUUGGUUGUGCACUGAUAUGAUUCCGAGUGUAUUUUGGCAAAUGGCAAUCGUUCUGGUUCAUGGACCAGUAUU